AUGUCCACAUUUUACCUCAUACUGGGUGUAAUUCUACUCCUUUCUUCGAUAGCACUCAUAGUUUUGCUCGGAGAUCUCCCCAAUUAUAGAGGAACCAUUCUGCAUAAGUUGAAUCAACUACUUGUUGAUAGAGUUGCACACAAAAUUACUCUCCAAUUUACCACACUCGAUAAGAGAUUUUUCAACGGAUACCUAUCGUCAGAUGAAUCACUACGAAGAUUAGGCUGGAUUGCAGGUUGGAUCAUACCUGUGUUCUAUCUAGCCGUGUUCAGUCGAUGUCUUGCUUUUUUCUUCCAGUAUACAUACCCUCAAAUUCUAAAGUUGUCUUCUGAAGUUAACUGGACUCUGAGGUACUGGAUUUUUAUACUGCCACCGAUACUUCUCAACUAUGGCUCGUUCUUUCUUGCAGUGUUAUCUGACCCAGGUUAUAUGUUAGAGUCAAUUGAUAAGGAACACGUCAACAUUAGUAAAAUCCAAUCUGAGUUUCCGUAUGAUGAUCUAAUAUUUUUCAAGGUGGAUUGCUCCACUUGCAAAUUCGUGAAACCAGCCAGAAGCAAGCAUUGCUCAAAUUGUGACAAAUGUGUCUUGAUGUUUGAUCACCAUUGCAUUUGGUUAAAUAAUGAUGUGGCAUACUACACCUACCGAUGGUUUCUGUUAUUUUUGUUCUCAACUUGUUUCAUUUUUCUAUACGGUGGGUAUCUUUCAUAUUACAGUUUGAAGCUUGAAAUCCAAAUUUCCAAAGAUAUACCCAAAACUAUAACUGCAGCUCCAUUGUUGCUAAAGUACUGGAGAUUGAUUAAAAAUACUACGUUUGCUAACGAGAUAUCAGGAAUAUUGCUUCUUCUAUGCAUGUUCCUCUUUCCGGCCGUAUCCUUCUUUUUGGGAGAAACUUUAUGGUCCGUAUAUCUUGGAGUUACCACGAACGAAACUGCAAAGUGGGACUACAUUAACUUGUUGGUCCAAAAUGAAAUGCUUUACGAAUUCAUUCCGAGAAACGGAGAUGCUAAUGUUUUUCUUAUCUUGAAUACUAGGUUACCCAAUGGUACGAUCCAAUUCAUCAAGUUAGAAGACAGAAAACCAUUUAACAAUGAUACCGGAGGGCAUUUGAGAAGGAUAAAAAAUUGGGAUGACAUGAACAACGUUUACGAUAUGGGCUUUUGGAAAAAUUUACACCAAAGACUGUUUCCCAAAAAGUUGUUUUGA